GUUUUGUUGUGUGGGUUUUAAAUUAUCUCUUGUUAAUUUGAAUAUUCUAUGAUUUGAAUUAUUCAAGCAUUAAAAAGAGUUGCCUUGAUUCUGAUAGUCAUCGAAGGAGUAAAUUAUUUGAGGAAAUCAAAACAGUGCAAAUUGCAGAAAAUCGGUGGAAUUUGGAAAAAGCCGGACUAACAAAUUUUCCAGAUCUGUGGUUAAAGUUUUAAUCUGCAGUAAAGAUAAUAAGGCAUGGGCUCAUUAAAAAGAGGAGCCCUGAUAGUUAUCGAAGGUGUGGACCGUUCUGGCAAAUCCACCCAAUGCAAAAAACUGGUGGAGUCGUUGAGAAACAAAAACCUUAAAGCGGAACUGAUGAAUUUUCCGGACAGGACAACGUUGACGGGCAAACUAAUUAGCGAUUAUUUGAGGGAUCCCGAGUGCACGUUGAACGACGAGGCCAUACAUUUGCUGUUUUCCGCCAACAGAUGGGAAAAUGUGGACAAAAUGAAGGAUUUUUUGUAUGCGGGGACUACUGUCAUUGUGGACAGGUAUUCCUACUCAGGAAUUGCAUUUUCUUCAGCCAAAAAAGGUAUGGACAUAAACUGGUGCAAGCAUCCAGAAAUCGGUUUGCCAAAACCCGACCUAGUGAUUUUGCUUACGCUGAGUGCCGAGGCUGCUGCGAAAAGAAGCGGGUUCGGCGAGGAAAGGUACGAGACCAAAGCAAUGCAAAGUAUGGUGUCCAAAGUGUUUGAGAACUUGGCCAAACAAGAGGACAACUGGAAAAUCGUGGACGCUUCCGGUAGUAUGGACGAGGUGCACAGCGUGCUACUUCAAGACAUUCUGAAGAAGAUUAGUGAAGUAGCGGAUAGUGAGUUAGAAAGUUUAGAGUUUUUGGGGUAGGUUUAGGGGAAUUUUGAGGGAUUUGGUUAUGAACAAAGUGAGUUAUAUAAGUGUGCUAAAACUAAUAACUCACUACUGGCUGUUAGCUGGAUUUUUUAAAACAAAGUCUCGAACAGUAUUUAAUUGUGUUUAAUAAAAGGAUAUUUUUUAAAUA